AUGCAACGAGGCAAGGUGAUUGCAUAUGCCUCCCGACAGUUGAAGGACUAUGAGAAGAACUACCCCACUCAUGAUCUUGAGUUGGCAGCGGUAGUGUUUGGUUUGAAAUUAUGGCGUCAUUAUCUCUAUGGAACGAACUAUCAAUUAUUCACGGAUCAUAAGAUCCUGAAGUAUAUUUUCGAUCAACAAACUUUGAAUAUGAAACAACGAAGGGCCAUGGAGUUAAUAAAAGACUAUGACUGUGAGAUACUCUAUCAUCCUGGCAAAGCCAACGUAGUGGCAGAUGUUUUGAGUCGAAAGACGUAUGUCUCUUAUAUGUGUUACGUCAUCACUCAUCUGUCUAUACAGUUUAUGCUUAUUGAUGAUCUACGAAGAUGGCAAGUUGAAGCCUUAAAACCUGAACACGUGAAGUCCGAGCGGAUGGUUGGAUGCAUAGAUUCUCUUUUAGAGGAUAGUUGUGGCUUGAAAGUGUUUAGAGCCCGAAUCUGGGGUAUGAAAGUGGAUAUCGGGCGUUAUGUUGGGAGAUGCAUUACGUGUUUGCAAGUGAAGGCUGAACACCAAAAUCCUUAUGGUAGUUUACAACCUUUGGAGGUGCCAGUUUGGAAAUGGGAAGAGUUGACCAUAGACCUCGUAACGAAAUCGCCAAAGACUUCUCAUCAACAUGAUAGUGUUUGGGUGAUUGUUGAUCGGUUGACAAAAAGUGAUCAUUUUCUCGCAGUUCGGGAAGAUUAUUCUAUGAAUCGUUGGGCACAAAUAUACAUUGAUGAGAUUAUUUCUCAUCAUGAUGUACCGAUAAAGGUAGUUUUUGAUCGUGAUUCUCGGUUUACCUCGAAUUUUUGGUCGAGUAUGCAAAGUGAAUUGGGGACGGGUGUUGCACUCAGUACCGCGUAUCAUCCCGAAACUGAUGGACAGUUAGAAAGCACAAUUCAAACCUUGGAGGAUAUGUUACGAGCUUGUAUCUUGGAGUUUGGUGGAAGUUGGGAUAACCACUUGCCACUCGUGGAAUUCUCGUAUAAUAACAGUUAUCACUCCACAAUCGGUAUGGCUCCAUUUGUGGCUUUGUAUGGACUAUAUGCACUAGUGAAGAAAUUCUCAUGUAAAGGUUACUGGAUUGACAGUCUUAUUGCAGUGGUGACUGGUUUAAAUGCCCAGUUGAGAACCGUGAGAAGUGGAUCCAUAUGGUCUGCUUUAGUUCCUGUUAUUAAUUGGAUAAAAACUCGUGGAAACCCCCAGCUUGAGUUUCAUGGGGUUAAAAUUGAGCUUGGAUGGUUUCAAGCCACUGCUAGUGGUUUCUAUCAUUUGGGCAUUUUGGUAAUUGUUGGUCAUAAUUCUCUCCACAACCUCCACCCGCCUGAUUUGAUAGAAAACAGUGAAAAAUCUCCAAGGCAUUUUGCAACCAUUCCAGACAAUAACAGGUUAUGUACAUAA